UCUCUGUCUUGUCCGACUUCUCCCUGCCUCCAUACGCCAGAGGAGGCUGAGUUUAGGGAAAGUAUCGACGUUUAAGCUUGUCAAUCAUCGAGGAACCGUGGGGAGUGAAACUGGAGGGAAGGUCGACGAUCGAGGAGGAUUUCUAGUUCAAAAAGCACUUCGGCGCCAACGCGACCAUGUUUUGGAAAAAUAUGGGAGAACUGUAUACAUUUUUAAGGAAACUAUUUGGUUUUACUUUUAAAUAAGAAAAGCUUUCGCUACGGUGAACUUGGCGAGCGCCUGUCGCCGCUUCGUUGCAUUUCAACUCGGGAAAACGAAAACAGUGGAUUACUUACGCCAGCAAAGUGUGUAAGCUCAACUAAGAGACGGAUAUUGUUGAGUUUAAGUACACUGUGUUUGAUAUAUUUCGCCCGUCAGAGGAGAGGAUUCAAUCCAGAAGAAUUUGUUAAAGCCGCGUCGCUGUUGGGAAGCUCUCUUCUCUUCCAGUGUGGACGUGCUGGAAACCAGGAGUGACGGUCGAAACUCGAAACAUAAGUUGGGUUUUUUCCUGAAAGGCUGCAAGAAAAUGAGCGGAGGAGAUGUGGUGUGCUCUGGGUGGCUCAGAAAGUCUCCACCUGAGAAAAAGUUACGGCGUUAUGCAUGGAAGAAGCGAUGGUUUGUUCUGCGCAGUGGGAGGCUGACAGGAGACCCAGACGUGCUGGAGUAUUACAAGAAUGACCAUACCAAGAAGCCCAUCCGCGUGAUUGAUCUGAAUCUGUGCGAGCAGGUGGACGCCGGUCUCACCUUCAACAAGAAGGACCUGGAGCACAGUUUCAUCUUCGACAUCAAGACCAUCGACCGGAUUUUCUACCUAGUGGCCGACACUGAAGAGGAGAUGAACAAGUGGGUCCGUUGCAUCUGUGACAUCUGUGGCUUCAACCCUACCGAUUCAGAAGACCCGGCAAAGGUGUCUCACCAAGCAGGUGUGGCAGGAGGUCUGGUGGUGGAUGUGUCCCCGAAUGUUGGCCUGGGGGGAGUUGUGGGGGCUUCUGCACUGGCUAACAUGCCCCCUCCCUACCAGCCCGUCAACGUCAGACACCUGGAGUCCUCCUCCAGUCAGGAUGCCCCUCCGGACUACUUGUUGCUGGUCAACUGUGAGACCAAGAAACCUGAGCUGAACAGGGCUCAUGGCGACUGUUCCAAGUCUACCUCCUCCGAACCCGACUGUAACGACAACCUCCCUUCCCACUGCACGCCCACAUCCGCUUCCUCCUCCAAGCACGCCUCUGUCAACGGCUUCUUUCCUUCCCAUCAUGCCGCUGUGCUCUAUGACUCCCCUCCUUCGCGCGGGCAGUCUUUGUCGGCCGAUUCGCAGGGUCUUUACCACCUGCCCCGAAGUUACUCUCAGGACACUGUGCUGCUGCCGAAGUCUGCGUCCUCCCCACAUGCUCCCGAUGGCGACUUUGGUGAACUCUAUGUGUUUAACACGCCUGCUCGCAAACCCUCUAUAGAGACCCAGUUUGGGACCUUGUUGGUCAGUUACGAUAUUCCACCCACACCUGGAAGCAACAGCACCUACCAGAUUCCGCGGACGGCUGGGGUGGAGACCGUUUCGGGAGCCACAGACGUGGUACCACCUCCUCGUCCGCCCAAGCCUUCACUAACCGCGGGAUUGAUUCCACCUGAACGGUCGCCCACAGACACGUAUGUGGUACCGCGGUCUGUGUCUGAGACCGAUGGGAAUUACUGUGUGCCCUCUGGUUCAGGAGGGAACAAAACACUGAGGAGCAACACCAUUGGUACAGUGGAUUCAUCACGCCUCCGUAGGGAUUAUGGAUCUCAAGACUGCUAUGAUAUACCCCGUCCCUUCUCCUCAGACAAAAGUUGCUCAUUCGAUUUUAAUGAAAGCUUCAAUAACUAUUUUAAGAAUAAAGGCAUGGUGCCUGUAGGAAGCACUGAAGAGAUGGAUGAGAACUACGUGCCCAUGAGCGUCCACCCUUCGUCACAUCACCACUCGGGCAGCCUUUCCGAACCCAUCCAGGAGCCAAACUACGUGCCCAUGACACCUGGUUCAGUGGAGUUCCCCUCCCUCGGCAAGCAGGUUCCCCCUCCAGCCCACAUGGGCUUUCGUUCCAGCCCCAAGACCCCGCCACGCAGACCAAUGCACAUAGGCGAAUGCCAGCCUCCACCCGUCGACCGAAACCUCAAACCUGACCGUAAAGGUCAAAGCCCUAAAAUAAACAGAGCUGUCGGUCUCGAGCGAACCGACUCCCAAACCAUAGGUGAAUUCUCAAGACGCCGUAAGGAUUGCAGUCCCUCUGAAGACGCUUGGACUUGUUUCAUGAAUGUUAAGCCGGCCCCUUUGGAGAUCAAGCCUGUCUCUGAGUGGGAGGAGCUUACGGCACCAGUCCGUUCACCUGUGACCAGGUCCUUCGCCAGGGACCCCUCUAGGUUUCCCAUGCCUCCCAGACCGCCCUCGGGGCAUAGCACUGCAUCCAGCACCGACUCUGAGGACUGUGAAGAGAAUUAUGUAACCAUGCAACACGCUAAUAUGUCUACAGAUGAACCAAACAUAAAGCUAGGUGCACCAAUGAAUGCUGAUGUUGGGGGAAGUCCCAUGGUGAAGCCCAAAGGAGACAAGCAGGUGGAGUACCUGGAUCUCGACCUGGACACUGGGAAAUCAACUCCUCCUCGAAAGAAGAAGAGUAACGGGACUGGUAUUUCAGUGUCAGACGAGCGGGUCGACUACGUGGUGGUAGAUCAGCAGCGCACGCAAGCUCUCAAGAGUACACGUGAAGCGUGGAGCGACGGACGGCAGUCGACGGAAACAGACACCCCUACCAAAGGGGCCAAAUGACACCCAUCUCUUUCCUCCUUUGCGCUUGAUCAGGACUCGCAUUAGGCCUGGGAACAGAGAGAGCUGCAAGUAGUCCCAGCCUUCAGCCUCCUCUUUUUCGACCUCCAUCUUUGAUUUUUAGAUACAGCUGUGUAGGUCACAGCUCCCAGAUCAGCUAGCUUACACUGCUUCCUGCUAGACGACAGCACCCGUUGCAGGGGAGAGCUGAUCUGAGGGAACCUCAUGUAUAAGCUGACAGACUUUAAGUAGGAUGGACUGGAAUGUGCACAUAGGGGCUGAAGGACAUGUUGAGCCUUUCUGGCUAAAAGCCAAAUAAACAAUUGUGCUAACAGAGGAGCAUUAUUCAUAGUACACACUGCCCAACACUUCACCUUUUCUGAUUUUGGAGAUCUUCCCCUCCAUUUGUGGUGUUAAAGCACACUGUUCCACAGGCUUGAGAUGCAUCAGGUCUGUCAGAUAUGGCUGUUUGACUAACUUGAACAACUGAAGUUUUUUCUUUUAGUUUCACAUGCUUACAAAACUGCCACGGUGGGAUUUCAAGACCGCUUUUUAGAAGCUGUUCUUUUUAUAAAGUUCCAUGAUAAUCUGAAAACUGUAGACAUCCAGGUUUUUCCAUUUGUUUCAUUUUUUAGGCCUCACUUGUAAUUCAGUAGUGCAAUCAAAAGGUUUUGAACUGCUUGUGCAGCAAAUGUACUACAGUUUUAGAGAUGAAUUACAUUUGCAAGACAGCAGACAGACUGUAUAGUGUUAUGUACAUGAAUAAAAGUGUCCUUUAUUUGUAUGUAAUAUCUGAUAUGUUAAGGCUAAAGUGUAGAUUCUGCAGGGUAGAAGUCUACACGGUCUGAGGUGGUAUCAGAAACUUGGAAAUGUUAUUUGGUGGAAUUAGGAACUGUGAUCAUUUUAAACAGAGAACUCUGUUUUUAUGUGUUGUUUUAUUUUUCUUUAAGCAAGGUAUCAAUUUACAGAAUCGCCAAGGUUAGGUACUCACUGAAAAGUUUAACACAGAUUUUAUUUUCUGCUAUCUUGCAAUUCACAUGUUCUCAUUGAAACCUUUGGUAUUUCGUAACAUUGCAAGAUAUUAUUGUGCUGUAUAAGAUGCCUUUAUAGGUGAGGAGCGGAAAGCCGGUCGUGUAGUUUCAGGAAUUUUUAUUUGACUUUGCAUUUUCUGUGACUGGUGUAUCAAUGCAUUUUAGCGCCACUUUGAUAAUUUAUUUCAGAAUUCCUCGGCUCUUGGAAACUAAUUGCCUUACCAUUGCAACUUUUUUGAAUGUUGUAAAUACGAUCCGUUCAGUGAUUUUUAGCUCAUGUCGGAAUACAUUCAAAUAGAACUUCACUGUUUGUGUGUGUGUGUGUGUGUGCGUGCGUGCGUGCGUACGUGCGCAUGUGUGUGUGUGUGCGCAAAUUAGCUCUACUAACUACUGUUCUUAAGCCAAGAAGACACAGGUGAUGUGUUGCAAUACCAUUGGUGACUUCAGUUGUAUAUAUCUAUACAGGCUUUUCAAGCAUGUCUUUUUUGAUUCAAACAAAGCUGUGCCUGUAUUUUUUCCCUUCUACUCAAAUCUUUUUUUUUCUUUACGAGUCCUCAGACCCUGAUGCUUUUUUAUCUUUUUUAAUGAAUCCAAAAGAAAUGUACAUUUUAAAAUGAACUCAAUAAAAAUGAUACUUCAGGAGAUUA